AUGGCAAUCGCAUCGGGCGAUAAGCACGAGUCAAUCGACCUCACAUCUGACACUGAGGACGAAGAUGACGACGAUCUCCGGCGUGCGAUUGCCUUAUCGAUGCAGGAAAGCGCAAAUAAUGACGUGCAACAGUCAUCGGCUUCGAGCGCACCGCCAACGAGUGUGAUCAAAACAGCAGCCGCCGUCGACAAACCUCCAGGUUUCAUGGGUAUGGAUCGGAAAGCCAUGGAACUGGAGCGUCUCGCAAGGCUUGGCAAAAGGAAGCGGGAGGUAUCUCCUGAGAUACCUUCUAAGCAAGUUGUAAGAACGCCUGCCGCCAAAUGUGAUUCGGACGAAACACCGUUACAAUACCCCAAUGGCGCGAUCAAGCGCACUUUCGCGUCGAAAUACCCACGAACCGACGACAUCACUAUUGAAGAACUACUAGAAGCCGAUAAAGUCAAUACCGCAGUCAUCAGCUCAUUUCAGUACGAUUCGGGAUGGCUAUACGAAAAACUUGAUCCGACAAAGGUCAAACAGAUCUGGCUGAUGACUGGCAAGCACAGAGGCGAGGACGUUCAGGCAAAGCGCAUACAAGAGUGGAGGGAGUCUCGCGUACCGAACAUGAAGCUCCAUUUCCCGCCUAUGGGUGGCAUGAUAGCCAGCAUGCACAGCAAAUUCAUGCUCUUGUUCGGAAAAGACAAGCUACGCAUUGCGAUUCCGACUGCAAACAUGACACAGACCGACUGGGGCGAGGUCGCAAACGACUGGCAGCCCGGCAUCAUGGAGAACUCGGUGUUCUUGAUAGACCUCCCUCGCAGACAUGACGGUACUGUCACGGAGGCGAAAGACUUGACACCUUUUGGUCGCGAGUUGGUAUACUUCUUGGAGCAGCAGGAAGUGGGUCCGCAGGUCAUCACCGGUCUGUUGAAAUGCGACUUCUCGAAGACUCAUCAUUUGGCCUUUGUGCACUCCAUUGGCGGUUCGCACAAGACCGAAUCAACCCAUCCCACAGGUCUCCCUAGCCUCGCACACGCUGUAAGAGAGCUCAAUCUAGGUGAAGUCGAGCAUAUUGAGCUUGAUUACGCAGCAUCCUCGCUCGGUUCUAUCAACGAUGCCUUCUUGUCGCGCAUUCGCCUCGCUGCAUGCGGCAAGUCGUUCGGGACAAACACUGCGCCAGAGUCUAACGCGAAAGAGCUGCCCUUGCACCUGAUUCAGCUCAUCCUCACACACCUCGACGAUGUCGGUGACCUCGCGCGCAUCACGCGCACGUCGCGUCUGUUCUACUACAUGACGCUUCCGCGGCUCUACGAGACGGUCACGUUACACUCGUAUGCCGAGAUACGAUACGUAGAUGGCAGGCCAGAAGGCUACGGCAAUGGCAGCCCGUUUGCCAUGGGCCUCAACACGCUCGUGUCGCGAAACUUUGGCGACUACAUACAGACGUUCCGGGUCAAAGGCGAUUGGCGAGAACAUGAUACGGAGGAAUACAAGCAGGGCCGAGUGCCGGACAACAGCAUGAUACUGCAGGUUGUCAUGCGUGCCGCCAUUGACAAGAUGAAGAACCUCAAGGCUUUCGCUUGGGAGCUGAGCACUCCUCCUUUGUAUACCGUCUACCAGGGCAUCGCAGCCAGGACGACGCUUGUCUCGCUCACCCUUCGGUGUCAAACCAAACGAAUACCACGGCCGACCACCAUUAUACCUCCGCUUCCGAACCUGACCACUCUGAUCGUGUACGAUAUCGAUCCUCUCUGCUACCCCGACGAUAUCUCGCUGCUUCUGUUGGGUUCCAAAAAGCUCGAGCACCUCACAUUACACUGGAGUCCGCGCAUGCGGGCUGUAGGCGAAGAGUCGAUUUCGCUGCACUCGUUAUUCGGACGAUGCAUGUCUGCCAAGUAUUCUAUACCUCUUAAGCACCUGGGAAUAUACAACAUCUACACUCGCUUCUCCGACGAUGGCUUCCACCAUGUUAUCCGCCCCGACACCAAUACAGAGCUCACCCUGAUCAACGCCAUGGGCUCCUCGGACCCUAUGACCGUUUUUGCCGACGACUCUUGGAGGAUACACAGUAAUCACCCGACGCCUCACAACCUGAAGGUCAUGCGCACCGAUAAUACGGAUAAAGAGAGCGCUGUCAUGCUAGGCAAAUUCAAGGGCAUGGAGCGGUUUUACAUUCAAGUUGGCUUCGCUUGCUCAGUGCCACCGCUUGAGUCUCUGCGCCAGGUCUUUGCUCUAGUGCCCAAGCUCUGGGCCGUCCGUUUUCUAUUCCGCCCAAGCUCUGACACAAGCGAGGCGCCGUAUCAGAUCACAGAUGCUGAGAUGCAUGCCUUCGCGAUUGGAACAGAGUUCUGGCGACCGGAGUAUAAGAAUAUCAAGUACGUUGGCUACGGCGACAGCAUCGUGCUCAAGCUAGGCGACGUUUACUACCCAUCAAAAAACGAGUCGACACCGAACAGCCAGGAUAACAGCAUGAACGCGAAAAGAGCAGGACCAAUAAGAAAAGUAACGGUUGUGAGAAGGGAGGACGUAAAUCACAUCGAGAUUUGGGGAAAGGACACUACGGAGUUCGAUCCCUUGAACCCUUGA